AUGCCCUCGCAUCUCCACGACUGGACAGUGCACGUCUGCGAGCUCUCCCACCACCUGAAAUGGAACAUGGGUGCAUGGGAGAAGGCGGAGGGGGGUGCAUGGGAGAAGGCGGAAGGGGGUGCAUGGGAGAAGGCGGAAGGGGGUGCAUGGGAGAAGGCGGAAGGGGGUGCAUGGGAGAAGGCGGAAGGGGGUGCAUGGGAGAAGGCGGAAGGGGGUGCAUGGGAGAAGGCGGAAGGGGGUGCAUGGGAGAAGGCGGAAGGGGGUGCAUGGGAGAAGGCGGAAGGGGGUGCAUGGGAGAAGGCGGAAGGGGGUACAUGGGAGAAGGUGGAAGGGGGUGCAUGGGAGAAGGCGGAAGGGGGUGCAUGGGAGAAGGCGGAAGGGGGUGCAUGGGAGAAGGCGGAAGGGGGUGCAUGGGAGAAGGCGGAAGGGGGUGCAUGGGAGAAGGCGGAAGGGGGUGCAUGGGAGAAGGUGGAAGGGGGUGGCGGGGCAGGGGCAGCCACAGCUUCGCCGCCCGCCACCUUCCCGGCUGGCUGCACAGGGCAGAUGCUGCCAGCAGCAUCACAUCACAGCAGCAUCACAUCACAGCAGCAUCACAUCACAGCAGCAUCACAUCACAGCAUCAUCACAUCACAGCAGCAUCACAUCACAGCAGCAUCACAUCACAGCAUCAUCACAUCACAGCAGCAUCACAUCACAGCAGCAUCACAUCACAGCAUCAUCACAUCACAGCAUCAUCACAUCACAGCACCUGUGAACGCGCAGAGAGGGUGUUUAUGA